UGGGAGAUAUCUACAUGGUUGGAUUUUCGCGGGUUUUCUUUCCUUUCCCUUCGCACGAAUGGCGCUGGGGAUCGUUGGAAACCCUCUCCAGCUCCGACCUCUCCCCUCCAAUUUCAAAUUCACGCGGGAAAGGAGGGCGGUUUUCGCGCGAAAUUCAAACGGACAGGAGUCCUCUUCCAACGGAAGUCCAUCUUUAAGAGAGAAGAACCACUUCCCAGGGAAGCCAGAAGCAGAUAUUGUUGUCAUUGGAAGUGGUAUUGGUGGACUAUGUUGUGCAGGUCUUUUAGCUAGAUACCAGCAAGAUGUUCUUGUGUUGGAAAGUCAUGAUCUACCAGGCGGUGCUGCCCAUUCCUUUGAAAUUAAAGGUUACAAAUUUGAUUCAGGCCCAUCCUUGUUCUCUGGGUUUCAAUCAAGAGGUCCUCAAGCUAAUCCACUUGCGCAGGUUCUUAAUGCAUUGGGUGAGUCUAUUCCAUGUGCCUCUUAUGACUCCUGGAUGGUUUACAUACCCGAAGGUGAAUUCUUGUCACGCAUCGGCCCCACAGAAUUUCUUAGGGACCUUGAGAAGUUUGCAAGUUUGGAUGCUGCACGCGAAUGGAGAAAACUUCUGGAUGCUGUCCUCCCAAUGUCUGCGGCAGCAAUGGCUCUACCACCUCUGGCUAUUCGAGGUGAUUUGGGUGUUCUUUCCACAGCGGCAGCCAGAUAUGCUCCUUCACUCUUGAAGUCUUUCAUCCAGAUGGGGCCUCAAGGAGCUCUUGGUGCUACUAAGCUUCUCAGACCCUUCUCGGAGAUUAUUGAUUCCUUGGAGUUGAAAGAUCCUUUUGUUCGUAACUGGGUGGAUCUCUUAUGUUUCCUACUUGCAGGAGUGAGAUCUAAUGGUACACUCUCAGCAGAAAUGGUCUACAUGUUUGCGGAAUGGUAUAAACCAGGGUGCUCACUUGACUACCCUCUUCAUGGAAGUGGUGCAGUUGUUGAUGCUCUUGUCCGUGGCAUGCAAAAGUUUGGUGGAAGGCUUGCAUUAGGAAGUCAUGUUGAAAAUAUCAUUGUUGAAAAUGGCCGGGCUAUUGGUGUGAAGCUAAGAAGUGGUCAAUUUGUUCGUGCUAAGAAGGCUGUUGUUAGCAAUGCAUCUAUGUGGGACACUUUGAAUCUGUUACCUGUGGAAGCCAUUCCCAAAUCAUAUCAGGACAAGGUUAAAAGCACCCCACAAUGUGAAUCAUUCAUGCAUCUUCACUUGGGUUUUGAUGCACAGAACAUCCCUGAAGACCUAGGAAUCCAUCACAUCGUUGUGAAUGAUUGGGGUAGGGGAGUUGAUGCUGACCAGAAUGUUGUUUUGAUCUCUGUACCAAGUGUACUGAGUCAGGAUCUAGCGCCUCCUGGAAAGCACAUAUUGCAUGCUUACAUGCCAGGAACGGAACCAUUUGGAAUGUGGGAAGGACUUGACCGUAGAAGCUCCGAAUACAAGAGCCUAAAAGCUGAACGAUCAGAGGUGAUGUGGAGAGCCGUUGAGCGUGCACUUGGUCCAGGCUUCAGCCGCGAGAACUGUGAGGUGAAAUUGGUCGGGACGCCGCUGACACACCAGCGGUUCCUUAGAAGGAACAGAGGAACAUACGGGCCAGCUAUCAUGGCCGGACAAGGCACGUUCCCGGGGCAUUCGACACCAGUCCCACAGCUUUACUGCUGUGGAGAUUCGACAUUUCCAGGCAUCGGAGUCCCUGCAGUCGCUGCCAGUGGUGCCAUAGUGGCCAAUUCACUGGUCUCAGUGUCACAACACUCGCAACUUCUCGAUGCCGUCGGAAUUUGAUACAUCAGUGAGAGUUCAGUAGCUUCUCUCUCUCAAAAAUUUUAAACUUAUUCAUUGUCCUUUUUAAUUCGAGUAUAUCAUUAUAGA